UACACUCAAACAAGCUGCAAAUGCACUGAGCUGAAAUAUUUAAUAUCGCAAAGGCCGUUUUUUGUCAUUUUACAUUGCACAAAAUGUCUGAUGAUGAAGAGGAUUACAUGUCUGACGCAUUUCUCACUAAACUUCAGGACGUGAAACCUGGCGUCAGUAUGGUGAGAAGAGUUAAAGAAGCCAUGAAGAAAGAGGUUCAAAUAAAGGAGACAAAUAUUAAAAAUCGACAAAAAUCUUUUAAAGAACAAGAAAAAGAAAGUCGUGAGGUGGCGUUACAGAGCAGCAUCAGCAAUGAAAACAAAGGAUUUGCACUGCUACAGAAAAUGGGUUACAAAGCUGGCCAAGGACUGGGCAAAGAGGGAGCAGGAAGAGUUGAACCUAUUCCCUUAAAUAUAAAAACGGACAGAGGUGGGAUUGGGAUGGAGGAGCUGAAGAAACGAAAAGCUGAAGAGGAGCUUGAACAUUACAGACAGAAAAUACGAGCUAAACAACAGAAUGAGGCUAAAUCAAUGGACGAUUUCAGAGCAAGGGUGAGAACAGACAGAGAGGAACGUAAGAUUGAAGCAGAUCUCAGAAGAAGUCAGCGUUCCUGUGAACAGCUCGACAGUCAAAAGGGCAUCACUGCUCCCAGGGAGGAGUGGUACUGGCCAAAAACUAAUGCUGAAGAAGAGGUGGAUGAAGAAGAUGGUCCUGACAAAGAGGAUGAGGAAGAUGAGGCAGUUGAAUUAACUUCAUUUGAUAAACUGCACAUUUUGACAUCAUACUUAAGAGGGAGACACUUUUACUGCCUCUGGUGUGGGACAACCUACAAUGAUGAAGAGGACCUUUGCUCAAAUUGUCCAGGAGAUACUGCGGCAGACCAUGAAUAAAAAAAAAAAGUUGUUAUUUUGGUAGUAGUGAGUGUAUAAUGUAAAUCAAGACAUAUGUUGGAAUAUGGAAUUUUGCUCAGUGACAUUUAUAAUGUAAGGAUGUUUUAUGUUUGAUAUAUCAUGUUGCAAGAAUCCCCACUAUAAUAGAAUAGACUAUAUAAUAUUGUGAUAGUGUUAAUAGUGAAAUGGAAAAAUAAGUUAUUGAUGUUUUGUUUUGAUUCAUAUAGCUUGUUUUAAUCAAAUAAAG